CAACAUCGAGCCCAGAGCAGUUGCUUGAAGGAAGAUCGUGAUAAACGAAACUGAACGUCUCCGGCCGGCAGUUUACCUGCUUUCUGAACUUGUGUGCUGCGGUGUUUUGCGGGACAUAGAAAACAUUGUCGCUUUAAGAAGAAAGUCAACUUUACAGCCUGCAGUAUUAUGGCGCAUUAUAGAGCUUCAGACCCCAAAAGGGAACAGUUUCGGAGAUACUUGGAGAAAGCUGGUGUUGUUGACAGCCUUACCAGUGUGUUAGUGGCUCUGUAUGAACAACAAGAAAAACCCAACAAUGCUCUGGAAUUUGUGAAGCAGCACCUUGGUGCGGCCGGCCAGGCUUCAGCAGACACUGAGGCUCUACAGCAGGAGGUGAUGGACCUGAGACAGAGGUGUUCACGUCUGGCAGAGGAAAACAAAGACCUCAAAACAAGGCUCCAGCAGUAUGAACCUUUGUCAGAAGACGGAGCCACGGCGGACUAGACCCCUGCAGAGCUUUUGCAUGAUUAAUAUAGUUUUUGUUUAUAUUACUGUAACUUUAAAUUUCAAGACCAGACGACACUGUUAAGUGAAGGAUUUUUAUGCAGCUGUUUUUGUAAAUCUUAUUUCUAUGUUUCUUAGGAUUUAAAUUAUUCUGUACAUGUAUGUAAAUACAUUUUUUUUUCUUGUUUGUUCAGUCUUUAGUAAAUCUUUACAGUAGAAAGUGCCUUUCUGUAUGAUUGGACAAGUCAGUUCUUAAGACAUGGGACUUUUUUUGAGGGCUUUAUGUAAGAAAAUAAGCAAUAUGUGUUUUUCUGGCAUUGUUAUAAGCACAAACACACUGUUCAGAUCCAAAUGACAGUGUGUGACAAAGACAGAGGUCUGGUGCAAGUAAACCAUUGUAAAGAGCUCGGAAAUGUAAGUCACUGGUAAAAUAAAGCACAGUCUUCUAAUCAA